UCAAUUGAGUAUUAGAGUAGGCUCCAAUAAAAUUUUUAAACGAGUAUUAAUCAGGGACGAAUACCAGUGCUGUUAAAUGUUUACAUUAUAUUACUUGGAUGUGGCAGACUCUCAUAUCCAGAAAGAGAAUGAGAAGACAGGUGCAUAAAUCUGGGAUGAGCAACAGUAACCGUAGAGGUAGGAGGUAAAUGCUCAGAAACCACAAAUGUGAAAACCUAGGAUUGAUGGUAACCUAGUUAAGCCUUUUGGGGAAAAUACACUGCAUCCCUAUCGGUGAGAUAUGCAACUACUCCCACACUACUAAGAAUCCUGCCUAACACUAACACUGUAAAAGGCUAGAUAGGCAGAAGCCUGCCUUGAUGCCUGUUGAAUAACUCAAACAUCAACUAACCAUAUAACAAUGCAAACAUUAUCAAAACUAAUUUAAGUUAUGCAUGUGUUGUUUAGAGACAUGUGCCAUUAAUUGUAGAGAUUUGUCAGAGAUAGGAAAUGCAUCACAUUGUUAUACAUCUACAACUUUAUUGAAGCAUACAGUUGUAGAUACUAUACAAUGCAGUAUAUUAUUUCAAAGCUACAUGCCCCAGAAAAAACCAACCAACUGCAAAAGUUGAAGUAUGGCUGUGCAGUAAUGUUUAGUGCAAUGCAAAGCAUCAUCCCUUCAUUGCUAAAAUCCAGACUCUCCAUUGCAUGUGGUCCAUUUGUUUCUCUGGGAGGAUAUGGCAUUACAUGGGAAAAUAUUCAAUCAAUCAUUCAAUCAAUAUUAUGACCAAUCAUGACAAGGAACAGAACAAUUCAAGCGGUUGCCUCUUUAACAAUAGUUUCAUUGUCCACAUCUCUACAUUGUUUGUGGCUUUGGCUGUCUUCAGCACCUAUGCCUUGAGGUGCUGACUAUACAUUUCUUAUAGCCUAUUUGUGGCAGCAGAACUGAGGUGUCAAGGUGUAAUAUAAGAGGCUCAUCAGCUUAAAGGAUAUGGGUCAGCAGAAGACUGGCAUCACUUACAGACACCUGCAUGCACAAUCAUCUUCACCCCUACCUGCUACACAUAGCUCCAGAACACUUUCUUUUUGGUCCUCAAUGACAUGUAGAGACAAGUAGUCACAUGCCUGGUAUGGUGCGGCACAUUUAAUAUAACUACAUGCAGUUUGACAAAUCAAUAUCAACCUUUGAAGAUUUUAAGGGUACUUAAAGGCCAAAAUAUACUCAAAUUCAGUAGCAGUGAAUUAUAUUUUUUUGUUUUGUAUUUUUCAAAGUUUAUAUUGUAACUAAGAAGGCCACUAUAGGUGAACAUUCUGUGUAAACAAAUAAAAAGUUUAAUUAUCAAAUUCUUUGACGUAUAUACAGUACAAUACAAGCAUCUGCUAAUAACACCGAUACUAUUGUGCAUAUUUUUCUUCUCUGAAGCAUGACUUCUUAUUGCCUUCAAUGCUGUGUCUAUAUGAGCACAAUCUCCCUCUGAGGUGCCAGCAUUUAUAUGCAAUCCUCUUAUUAUGUGCCUGACUGUGAAUGGAUUAGGUGAGAUUGUGACAUGCAGGGUUUGUCCACAAGUAAGCUUUGCUAGUACUUUGCUGGAAAGAGCACCAGAGAUGUUGGCCUUCAGCCCCAAAGGUAAAACUAGCCAUUUCUGUUGAUUAAUGAAUUAAGUUUUAUACAGGAUUUUAUUUUGGGUCAAAUCUUUGGUGAACCUUAUAUUAAUGCCACGUGAGCUUAGAAAUGUAGACAGACAAAAUUUAUGGAAAAUGUUAAAGAUUUCUUCACAUACACUAGAUGGUGCGAGUGAUUAUUUUUUUCUCAGAGCACAUUACAUGGGACUAAAAACCUUUUAGGGCUUCCGAAAUCAUCUCUCAUUGCCGGAAUUGAAGACUCGGUUGCAAUGCAUCUUCUCGGACCGGUCUGAGAAAUAUUACUACGUGUGGCUGGGUCUUGGAAAUGAUACAAUUAAAGUGUCUGUCAGCUGGAAACAAACUUUACACCCGAUCUUUUAUGGGAGAAGAGAAGCAUAUCGAUUUCUUCAGAAGUUGCGUGUAAAUGCCGUUAUCUGUGAUAGUUGAGUGAAGCCUGUGAUGCCAAGACCAGGAGAAACAAAAGAGAGCAAAAAUAAUACUCUUGGAUAAUAGAACUUUUGUGCAGUAAAUGGUAUGAACGGACAGACGGAGAUGAGAGUGGUGAGUGUUGUUUGAAAAUAUUCAAUUUUCGUUUGUUCAUCAUGGGUGUAUGGAGUUUUUUGUGUGUUUUAUUUAAUAAAUAUACCUUUCCCUUAUGGAUGAAUCUAGACAUUUGUUUUCAGUGUCAUCAGAUAUGCUAAACAUCUAUCUUUUACAGCUGUUAUUAAAAAAAAAUAGUGGUGCUAUAAGGGCAACAAAAAGUAAAUCUCUGUUACUGAAUGUUUGUCAUCAGUUGAUAAAUGUUUCCUUUUUUCACAGGUGUGUUUUGUCUUGACGUACAAGGCUUGGUAAUGUAACAGUGCACUCUUGGAUCCAGAGAUUCAGUUAGAACAAUGCAAAAUAUUCCUCUUCAUUUUGUAGGCUUUCUGUCAGAAUUAUUAAACCAUCCCUCUUUUUCUCUCCUCAAGCACAGACACAGCUUCACGCCAUUACCAUUUUCUAACAUUUUACAAUGGGUAAUGUUAGGGGUACUGAUGUCUCCAUGUUGUGUUCAGUGCUUGACUUUUAAAGUGGGGGUGCUGGGACCCUGGAACUGUGACCCAGUCUUCCCAAAAGCCCUUCCUGUUCUUGCAGCCAAGCUGGCAGUGGGCCGGAUAAAUGAAGACUUCAGUUUAGAUUUGGGCUGCAAAGUGGACUUUGUGAUUCUCCAGGAGGCUUGCGAGACGUCCAAGGCACUGACAAAAUUUGUGCAGUAUGAGAGCUCCGUCCAAGCCUUCGUCGGGCCAUUGAAUCCUGGGUUUUGCAACGCAGCCGCGCUUUUGGGGAAAAAUUGGAACAAGGCUAUUGUUUCAUGGGCCUGUGUUAACUACGAACUGGAUCAAGGACACAGCUACCCAACCUUUGCCCGGGCUUUGCCUUCACCAACGACGGUUCUGUUCACCGUACUAAAGCACUUCAGGUGGGCCAGCAUAGGCAUCGUUUCUUCCAACGAGGACAUAUGGGUGGACACGGCCAGCAAAGUGGCUGCCUCCUUGAGGAGUCGAGGGCUACCUGUGGGUAUUGUUGCAUCCAUUGGGAACAAUUCCACUGAGAUGGAGAGGACUCUGAGGAGAAUUCAGCAGGCUGGAGAUGUAAAAGUCAUUAUCAUGUGCAUGCAUUCCUUGCUGAUUGGCGGUGAGCCGCAGGCCGCAUUUCUGCUGAAAGCCCAGGAAGCUGGACUGACCAGCGGGAGGUACGUCUUCGUGCCGUACGACUCCCUGCUUUACAGCCUCCCGUACGCCAACACGUCGUACUCCGCACUGCGGGACAACGGCAGGCUCCGACAGGCGUACGACGCCGUGCUGACAAUCACUGUGGCUUCUGAGCUAAUGUCGUUCAAUGAGGCGUACAGUAUGGCCAAGCGCGCGGGUGAAUUCUCCUCUGCACCUGACCCACAGCAGGUGUCACCGCUGUUUGGGACAAUAUACAAUGGGAUCUAUUUCAUUGCCAAAGCCAUGCACAACUCCAGAAAGGCUGGCAGAUGGCUGUCCGGGACCAAUGUGGCGUCCUUCUCCAAGAGCCUCGCAUUCAACGGCUUCAAUCAGAAGAUACAGACAGACAGUUUCGGGAGGGGUCUGACCAAUUACGUGAUCCUCGAUUCAGAUGGAAAGGGGAGCCAACUCUACCACACCUACCUGGUUGACUUGAGCACCGACCUGGUGCGCUUCGCUGGCCGGUCCAUUCAUUUCCCAGGAGGCACCCCGCCACCAGCUGAUCCCAGCUGUUGGUUUGAGCCCGAUAGCGUCUGCACCGGAGGUGUGGAGCUAACCAAUGUUAUCCUUGUGGUUGUGUUCAUCUUUACCCUUAUUGUUGGUAGCAUGGGUUUAACUUUGUUCAUAAGGAGGCGGAUCCAGCAGAUGCAGCUGGUGAAAGGGCCCAAUCGGAUCCUGCUGACCUUGGAAGACCUCACCUUCAUUGAGCCAGAACUCAGCAACAUGAAAAUAACUUUGGAAGACCUCAGCGAGUUCAAAAGUGAAAUUGGCGGUAAGAGUGUGAAUUCUGCAGACGGCUCCCACUCUAUGAACAGUAAUGCAACAGCAACACAUGAGACUUCAAAUGUUGCCGUUUAUGAGGGUGACUGGGUGUGGUUAAAAAAGUUCAAAGAAGGACAAUUCAAAGAGGUUAAGCCAAGCACCACAAGACUUUUUACAAAGAUGAAGGACCUCCGCAACGAGAAUGUCAACCUGUUCCUGGGCUUCUUCGUGGACUGUGACAUGUUCGCCGUGGUAACGGAGCACUGCUCCCGGGGGAGUCUCCAAGACCUGCUGCGCAACGAAGACGUCAAGCUGGACUGGAUGUUCAAGUCCUCCCUCUUACUCGACCUCAUCAAGGGCAUGAAAUACUUGCACAAUCGUGAGUUUCCCCACGGACGUCUGAAGUCUCGUAAUUGUGUGGUGGAUGGGCGCUUUGUCCUGAAAAUCACAGACUAUGGCUUCAGUGAGCUUCUGGAUACCCAGAAUUUUCCAAAAGAGUUGCCUCCUCCUGAAGAACUGUUCUGGACGGCUCCUGAGCUCCUCCGGGACUUGGAGAUCUCCCAGAAAGGGACCUACGAAGGAGAUGCGUACAGCUUCGCCAUCAUACUGCAGGAAGUGGUGGUUCGUGGACCACCGUAUUGCAUGCUGGGUCUGCCUGCUGAAGAGAUCAUCAGGAAGGUGAGAAAGCCCCCGCCCCUGUGCCGGCCCACCGUGGCCCCAGACCAGGCCCCCCUGGAGUGUAUCCAGCUGAUGAAGCAGUGCUGGAGCGAGCAGCCGGACCGGCGGCCUACGUUUGAGGAGAUCUUUGACCGAUUCAAGACCAUUAAUAAAGGUAAGAAGACGAACAUCAUCGACUCCAUGCUGCGCAUGCUGGAACAGUAUUCCAGCAACCUGGAGGAGCUGAUCCGGGAGAGAACAGAGGAGCUCGAGGUGGAGAAGCAGAGGACUGAGAAGCUCCUUUCUGAGAUGCUGCCACCGUCUGUUGCAGAGGCCCUAAAGACAGGUGCCACAGUGGAGCCAGAGUACUUUGACCAGGUCACCAUCUACUUCAGCGACAUUGUGGGGUUUGCCACCAUCUCUGCCCUCAGUGAACCCAUUGAGGUGGUCGAUCUCCUCAACGACCUUUACACUCUCUUUGACGCCGUGCUUUGCAACCACGAUGUUUACAAAGUGGAGACUAUUGGUGAUGCCUAUAUGGUGGCUUCAGGUCUGCCAAAGAGGAAUGGAAACAAGCAUGCGGCAGAGAUUGCCAAUGUGUCCCUGAAUCUCCUCAGCUCCGUAGGAUCCUUCCAGAUGAGGCACAUGCCAAGUGUCCCGGUCAGGAUUCGAAUUGGCAUACACUCAGGGUCAUGUGUUGCUGGGGUUGUGGGUCUGACCAUGCCUCGGUACUGCCUCUUUGGAGACACGAUCAACACCGCCUCGCGUAUGGAAUCUACGGGCCUGCCUUUUAGAAUUCAUGUCAAUAUCACCACUGUGAAGAUCCUUCGGUCUCUGAAUGAGGGGUACCUGAUAGAUGUGAGGGGGAAGACAGAACUAAAGGGUAAAGGCAUUGAGGAAACAUACUGGCUUGUUGGGAAAGCAAACUUCUCCAAGCCAUUGCCAAAACCCCCAGAGAUCAAACCAGGCGAUAACUGGCAGGAAAUGGUGACCAAUGAAAUCAAGUCUAUCUUCCGGAAGGCCAACAGGCCAGUGGACGGGCCCAGAAUCUGAGGGAAGCAAGAGGAGUGGAAUGGUGAAGAACAGAAAAGCCUUUACCCUGCAGCGGCAGGAGAGUAAGACGGGGGUUAUCACUCUGCCUGGUAACUCUGGGUUAUCUGAAGAAUGGUAAUAGGAUUACCAAUUGUCUAAUCUUGUACAGGCAAGCACAGCAGACAGAAUGCACUAAUAAAGUGAAGGUCAUUAUAGCACUAAGUAUGGAAGUACAUGUAUGAGAAGAACAAGCAU